ACAGCCGUGGGCAAAGGAAGACAUCAACGCCUGACAUCCAGCCGGGCUAUUUCAUCCAUCGACUCUCUGGCGCGCUGAUACUAUCUCUUUAUUAUCUUGUGUUUUAACUGCUACGGCACAUACAUACUACUGCUGACAUACUGACAUCAAGCCAGCCACCAUGUGCUGCUCCCCAGACUGCUUUCUCGCAUUCAUCGCGGUCCUCUUCCCUCCUAUUGCUGUCUGGGUAAAAGUCGGCGUCUGCUCCGCAGACUCCCUCAUCAACAUCGCACUGCUGGUCCUCGGCUACGUCCCCGGCCUCCUCCAUGCCUGGUACAUAAUCCUCAAAUAUCCAGAAGACGACCUAGAUUAUCCAGACGGCUACCGUCCCAUCGUGGGUGCAAAUGGACAGAGCCACGACACUGAGGGCGGACGAGUAGCAUACUACUUUAUCUCACAUCGGCCACCACCCCCCUCAGCCCCCCAUGGCGGCCCUUCCCCCCAACCACACAGAUCGUACGGAACAACAGCGCCUGUCGCCCAUCCUGCGGCAAGCUCACAGCAGCCAUCACAUCCUUCUGCGCCUGGAGCAAAUGGCGCGGGGGAGGGCAGUAGCAGCGGCCCACAUGGAGCUGGAGUGCGCGCACCGCCCACGUACGCAGAAGCUGUGAAGGGCGAUCAUAAGAUACAAACCCCAGACUGAGGUGGUGGAUGGAUCUGUUGAUGAGCUAUACUAUAUGAUGAUGACGAUGUCGAUUGAUGUCGAUGAGCGGAUAUAAAAUUGACAUACACUUACAUACGUUCGGGGGCCGAACUUUAGAGCAGUCUUAUCCCAAGCGUAUUGCCAUCCAGCCUAGCCAAUCCAGUCUACAGCAGGUGACGAAGCUUCCUCACUCAUUUACGGUGAAAAACUGAACUUCUCCUCUUUAUAUGGACCCCACUUCUCCCGGCACUCAGAGAUUGGUGCCAGAUCUAUGUUUGUUGUCGACGUGUAGAUAUGGCUAUUUUCUUUCUGUGAUCAUUUGCGGCUUCCUACUAAAACCUAUACAUUGCUGCUUCUUCUUCUUCUUCUU